AUGGUGCUCAACCGCGGCACCUUCGUCAACAAGAAGAAGAUUGACGUCAAGAAGCUCGCUCCCUAUGCCCUCCACUUGGUUAUGGUGGUGGCGGUGGCCCUGUACUGCGUCAUCGGAGCCAUCACAAUACGAAAUAUCGAAGCGGUACCGAAGAAUUAUACCAAUUUAACGAUAGAAGACUUCCCGACAGCGCCGCGAGUCAAGCGACAAGGCUACUGGAUCCAGCGGGAGCCAAUGAGCCGAACGCGAAGAUGUGUGAUCCAAGCCCUCAAAUUCAUCGCCGAGGAGACGAAUUGCUCCGAACAUUUGAUGCUGACGGCGAGUGGCGUGAAAAUGCUGGACGAAUGCUACCAGGAUGACUUGGAGAAAAGUCUCGACCAGCAGGGACCACCCAAAGUUCAACUCCUUGAGCAUAAAAUUCGACAUCAGGCCCAUCGAGAUCGCGACCUCUCGAAAGAAUACUCCGGAAGUGCUUCAAUCGAGACGGUGUCUGUCAAAUUUGAUGGUGAGGAAAUCGAGUGGGAAUAUUGGUCGUUCAUGGACUCAAUAGUCUUCUGCUUUACCGUCAUCACAACUAUUGGCUACGGUAACGUGGCACCGCAGACCUUCGAGGGUCGAUUAUUCGUCAUUUGCUAUGGUCUCGUCGGCGUCCCAUUCACCAUGCUGGCGAUAGCAAAUUUGGGCAAAUUUUUUGCCUCUUUAUUGAAGGCGUGGACUCGGCCGUUCAUUACUUGUUGCAGAAAAUUCAAAAGCAGCAUACGAAGGCAUGGGACGUCGAAGGAGAAGGAGUCUCUUGUUGACUACAGCAAGAUUAAAAGUACCGAUAGCAACGGUAACGAGGCAGAUUCCGAUUCAGAAGACGAAAAGGAGAAGCCUGAAGAGGAGGAGGAAGAGGAUCCGGAUGCUAUGACAGAUGCUAUGGUGCUCUUCGUCGCGUUCGUCAUCUAUAUCGUGCUGGGUUCAUUUAUGAUCUCAUCUUACGAGGAGGAUAUGGACUUCUUUUUGGCCAUCUACUUCAACUUCGUCACUCUGACGACGAUAGGCUUGGGAGAUUUGGUGCCACAGAGGAAAGAGUAUCUCGUACUCACAUUAUCAUAUGUGGCGAUUGGGCUGGCGUUGACGACAAUUGCAAUAGAAAUUGCGGCUGAAUACUUGAAAAAGUUGCACUACUUUGGCCGCAAGUUGGACAACGUCAGCAAUGUCAAGAUUUGGUUUGGCGGCCAGCAAUUGACGAUGAAGCAACUCGUCCGCAACCUCGGCGACCAGUUCAACGUUGACGUUGAUCAGCUGCAGAAUCUCAACUUGGAGCAGUUCGUCGACAAUGCGAUCCGGGUCGAGGCUGGGGAGUUGCCAAGUUUACGGCAACAAGACAAGCCGUACAUGCACACGCAGUACUGGCGAGCAGUGCAAGGGCGGUUGAUCUUUGUCGACGAGGACCUGCCCACCGACCAGGACUCCAAUGCCAACUAUUCUAUUGUCACCGCUGAGCCG